AUGAAUUGCAAACAAUCUGUAGUGAUCACAAACACUCUAACUCCCCAUGAUAUAUCUAUUCUAAUCGUUAUUACCUUUUAUUGUUCACAGGUUGAGCAAUUCGAUCAAAAGCUAUUGAUGAGUCUAGUACCGCCAGUGAGCCCUAGAGAGUCUCUUCAGGUUCCUUUCAAUAACACUCAUGAAACACUAGAUUCUCAUCCAGUUCUUCCGCCUUUAUUGUUGGAUCUUGUGUUACUACUAGUGGAACACGACCAGAGAAGAGCGGCGCAAAGACUUGUAGCGGCAUUGGACGCCAUAACUACUAUCAACGGCAUUACCAAGCUUGUUGAUACACUUGAAGCGCAUUGCAUUCGAGCGACAUAUCGAGAAGUGUCAAGCGGAAGCGAGAAAAACGUAAUCAAGCGAAAGCUAACGCAGACAAGCCUUCUAGGUAGUUACGUGUGUCAUUGCAUAACAAAACACAAAUUACAGGAUUUUGAAGAUAGUGAGAGGCUUUGGCGUAAUCUACAGGGUUAUCUACAGCAGUUUAGGCAAGCCGAGGAGAUGUCGACUUCCUUCCAACACCAACAGCUACCAAAACUCGAUCCUUUGAUGUCAUUUAUAUUCGAAGACAAUGGAAAUGGAGAAGAAUUAGAAAGCUUGCGGGAGCUUCAAGAAACGGGGGUAUUUUCUAAAUACGCGGACUUGAUUUCAAUUGAAAGACACGUUCUAAUGAUGUUGUCUAGGGAUCAUUUACAAGCGUUGUUGAUGGAGGAAACUAAAUUGAUGCUGGCCGGCAACAAGCGGCUGCGAGAGCGCACACGACUAAUCAUGGACUGCAUGUCCCUGGAAGAUACAUCGCGUUUUCCAUCAGUGCAUAUUCUUAGAGGCAUUGAAGACCUUAACGAACAACGUUAUGAUAACUUUUUGAAUUUACUAUACAGGUACUUUGACUACAUGCUAGGACAGAACAGCGAGCCUAAUUUUCAUUUAUCCCUUCUUUCGUUAGCAUCAUUUCAUGCGCAUUUCAACGAUAGCGAAGCUGCGGUAAAAACGUUUGAAGAAGCCAUUGCUGUCGCCAGGGAGAAUAAAGACACCAAGACCCUCAACCUCAUCUUGAUGUGGGUUUUUGAAUUCAUUGGAAAGUAUCCUAGCCUCGCCAAUCGGUUCCACGUCACCACGGAGCAGAUUAUUAAUUACUUGAAAACUUGUUCCGGAAAUCAGAGCUCUUAUGUCUUUGAGAUGGGGUAUAGAUACGAAACCCUCUGGGCAAUGCUUAGUACAGGCUUGGUUCCUGCCAUUUUAGAGUCUCUAUUCAAAUCUUCUCUGCUGGCGCUACAAAACACAGCCAAUGGAGUCCAGUUCUCGCUACUAGCUGCGCACAACGCUCAAGUCUGGAAUUAUUUGGGCUCCUCGGCCCUUCGCGAUUCAUAUCAAAGUUUGGCCAAAGAGCGGCUGCCCACUGGCAACUACCAGAUGGUUCAGAGGCAAGACCUUAUGGACUCAGGAGACUCGAAUCUUUCUCAUGAGUAUCUCACCGCGAUGGAUUGUCCAUAUUUGACGUACCACGAAAAAAGAAUCUUAGAGAAGUUAAACAUCGAUUAUCUUAGCGCUAUUGGCGACUAUGAUGAAGCUAUGCGGUUCGUCAACUUGAAGAUUCAUGAGUGUCAAUCUGAAUCUAUAGACUCCGAGAACGAACAAAGAUUUAAAUUGGCGAAAUGCAAAAUAAUGAUUACUUGCGGCUUAGAAGUGAGAUGUCUGCCAAUCUUGACAAAGGUGCUUGAACAUGCAACACUAACCGGAAAUUCGUACCUGUUAGCCCCAAGCGUGCUUCUUCUUUCAAAAGUCUUGCUCUCUUUAGGAAAACGGGAAGAAUGUGAGGAGCUCUUGAGCGGCACGAUGCAUCAUAUUUUGAAGUUUUCUAAUCCGUCAUUUCAGCGCCCAGUGGUCGAUCUGUUUCUUGCCUCUCGAGAAACAAUGAGAUCUUGCUAA